AUGGAUUCCAAGGUAGCUAAAAAGACCUGGGAGCUGACCAACAAUGUCGAAACUGUCUCCGGUGUGGACGAGAUUUAUCGUUAUGAUGCAAAACAGCAGCAAGAUAUUCUCACAGCAAAGCCGUGGGAGAAGGACCCACAUUACUUCAAGCACAUCAAAGUUUCUGCUCUGGCGCUGUUAAAGAUGGUCAUGCAUGCUCGAUCUGGUGGUAACUUGGAGGUGAUGGGCCUUCUCUUGGGCAAGGUGGAUGGCAAUACCAUGAUUGUGAUGGAUGGCGUGGCACUGCCAGUGGAGGGCACUGAGACCAGAGUCAAUGCACAGGCUCAGGCGUAUGAAUACAUGGCUGCUUACACAGAGGCAGCAAAACAGGUGAAGAGACUGGAGAAUGCAAUUGGCUGGUACCAUAGUCACCCAGGGUAUGGAUGUUGGUUGUCGGGCAUUGAUGUCUCCACACAGAUGCUGAACCAGCAGUUUCAGGAGCCUUUUGUAGCCAUUGUAAUUGAUCCUGUCCGCACAAUAUCAGCCGGGAAAGUUAACAUUGGUGCUUUCAGGACAUACCCCAAGGGCUAUAAACCGCCAGAUGAGCACCCAUCAGAGUAUCAGUCCAUUCCCCUGAACAAGAUCGAAGACUUUGGUGUCCACUGCAAGGCUUACUAUCCGCUGGAUAUGUCCUACUUCAAAUCUGCCAUGGAUAGACGACUAUUAGAAUCCCUGUGGAACAAAUACUGGGUUAACACCCUUAGUUCCUCAAGCCUUCUCACUAAUGCUGACUACACGACUGGGAUGGUAUUUGAUCUGUCAGACAAGCUGGAACAGUCAGAGUCACAGCUUGGCAGGGGUGGGCUCAUAGGUUCAGAUGCACAGGACAAGAAGACAGAGGACAAGUUAACCAAAGCUAGCAAAGAUGGGUGUAAGACAACAAUGGAGGUACUGCAUGGGCUCAUGUCCCAGGUCAUCAAGGAUCGACUGUUUAACCAGGUACACUGCAAGAACCAGCAGGAGCAGCAUGCCAUUCAGCAGUGA